CACUACCACCUUUACUGCAUCACAUUGAGCACCACAAUGGCCGCCGCCUGUAUCUUCUGCAAGAUAAUCCGGGGGGAGAUCCCCUCGAUGAAGAUCUUCGAGAGCGACAAGACGCUGGCGUUUUUGGACAUUGGACCGCUGAGCAAAGGCCAUUCGCUCAUCAUCCCGAAAUACCACGGCGCCAAACUUCACGACAUCCCCGACGACCAGCUCGCCGAAGUCCUGUCCGUGACCAAGCGGAUCGCCAUUGCGCAGGGCGUCCAAGACUACAAUAUCCUACAGAACAACGGUAGAAUUGCGCAUCAGGAAGUCGACCAUGUGCACUUCCACUUGAUCCCGAAGCCGAACGAGGAGGAAGGACUGGGUAUUAGAUGGCCAACGAAGGCGGCGGACAAGGAUCAGUUGACGAAGCUGCUGGAAGACAUCAAGGCGAAGGUGUAGAGGCUGUGGCAUGGGAUGAUGACUUUCAUAGGCAAACCUGCGAGUGCAGCACAAUAGGCCAAGCCAACAAUGAACCAUUUAGGGCUUAAUGAAUGCUCCCACGUCUUAGCGCCCCUUGAACGCUGGUUUCCUCUUCUCCCUAAAGGCAACCAACGCCUCAUCUCUAUCCUGAGUCUUGACAACAAUAUCAUACGCAGCAUUUUCCGCCUUCUCACCCAGCGCACACCCCUCCACUGCCGCUAGGGCAGCUUUGAUUGCAACCGGCCCGCCAUCACAAAUGUCCCUCGCAAGCUUGAUUGCUUCCUCCAACACCUUCUUCCGCGCAGCACCCUCCUGG